AUGGCAGUAGCCUGGGAGAAUUGGCUACCUGGCCCUGUGGCCACGGCAACAACGGAUGAGGAGCAGGGCCGAACCAGAUUGAUUUUUGAGGCCAUUAGGGACGAAUGGAACCGCAACAAAAAUGCAGCUCCACCAGUUCGGAGUCAAAGUACUCUGAAGUGGAUUUCCAUCGUGCACAGCUCUGGCAUCCUGCACAAGGGACAGCAACCCACCACUGAGGUGGCAGAUCUGAUCUUGUCGACACUGCUGGAAAUUAUUUGGAACUCGCCACAUGACUCUGCAGCACAGAUCCGGUGGAUCAAUGUGUUGAACAAGCUGCUGACCAAGAUCUGGACCAAGAUCAGCAUCACUGUGCCCUGGCGGCCCUUCUACGAGAAGAUCAAUGCUGUCUACGUGGAACCAAUGACUACCUUCUCAGGUGCGUCGGUCGUGGAGGGUCAGAAGGAGUACACUCUGAAGCUGGUGCGCCAUGUGCGUCGCUUCUUCUCCAAGGAGGCACCUCUGGAAAUUUGGUCGGAGUUCAGGCCCAAGAUGGAGAAUCUGCACUCAUCUGAUGCCAUGGAGGCGCUGGGCUGGCUGUCUCUCCUCUUGCCUGUGACCCAAGUGAAGCAAGGCGGCGCGCAUUGGAAUCAGUGGCUGGGGGAGUGGAUGGCGCUGUGGGGCUCGCUGUCUCACAAUGCAUACUGGGACACGCUGUGGAUGGGCCUGAUCAGCCGACUGGCAAAGCUGGACAAGAAUGGCAAGAAUCCUCAUAAAGCGUUGUUUGACAGCGAGCUGAGGCACAGCGCCCAGGAAGGGGCAGGGCCUCGGCUCAUUGUCAUGCUCCUUGGACGGGUGCCAGCAAAGGAUGGCAGCGGCGACUUAGUCAUGCCCUACCUGCAGCGUCUGGCCAACCUCCUGGAGAGCUAUUUCCACCCCUCCAAUACUGGCCAGUGGACAGGCUCGCUGGCAUCCUUCCUGAGCGCCCUGAAGAAGAACUUUGUGCUGCGCAUCAACGCCGAGAACUCUCCACGGGGUGUGAACGAGGAUGUGUACCUGGAUGAGGAUGGAGCAGAGGAAGCAGCAGAUGGGGCUGAAGAUGAGACAAAGGAAGACGAGGAUGCUGACGUGGACAUUGAGAGCACCGUGGAAGCAGUGGCUGGAGCUGAGGCACCAGAGCACAGGGAGCCGCUAAGCAAGGAACUGCAGCGCAGCUUUGCAAGCGAUCGCCACAUGGUCAGGGCAGCCUGCGAUGCAAUCGCUGUGAUGGCUUACAUCAUCCCUGAUGUCAUCCUGCCUCUGGUGUAUGAGCGAUUCCAGCUUGCCAUAGAGUCGGUGACUGCCACACACCAGCUGGAGGCAGCAGUCAUCACUCUCAGCAAAUGCGUGCGGCCCCUGCUGCUGACUGGUUCCCUGAAGCCUCUCAACAAGGACAUUGGCAUUGAGGAGAAGGCACCAAUGCAGGUGUCCUCUGGGGAGGUCCUUGCAGAUGCCAUGAUGGCUCUGCUGCCAGGUCUGGAUGCCAACGACGAGCGCAAGACAUGCGCAGUCUUCCGCUUCUACACCAUUGUGCUCUCCUCCAUACCGGGCCUUGCGACGGAUCAGCCAGGGUUCCCGCUGCCCACAGAGGCCUGGCUGGAGGAGCUCCUGGCGCUCCUCUUCCGCAUGCUGUGCAACCUGGAGUCGCCCGAGGCGCGCUCGGACCACAGCGGCGGCAAUGCAUCCUUCCUCCUUGACGCCUCCUCCAUGCCCAUGAUGGACCUGCUCUUCGCUCGGCUGUCCCCAGAGCUGCGCACCUUUGCCAUACGGAAGGUCGGCCGCUUCCUAGCCACUACCUCUCUGCCAUCCAUGACCGCGGAGGCGUCAGUGCUCGCGCAGGCAGCCGCCACGUCAGAUGCUGAGGCCGCGGCGCAGCACAUUCUGGAGCCUGUGCUGGCGCAGACUGAAGCUGAGCUCCCCGGCCUGCAGAAUCUGCACUCUGCGCAGCUAUCCAAGGUUCAAGAGGCCAGCCUGAAGUGGAAGGUGACAAUACUGCAGUACACCAUGGUCCAAAUGCGAGCUGCUCUGGCGCCUUACAAGGCCCGCAUCAUGAAGGUCUUGUCAGCAUUGUAUGCCGCUCCUUCAAAGGAUGUUCACGUGGAGGCCAGGAAUCUGCUGAGCAUAACGCUGAAUGGCCUCACAAACUUCAAGUGCGUUGACCAGUAUCAGCCGUCCGCCUCUGAGCCACAGCCAGGCUCGACAGAGGCUCCCAUGCAACUGGAGGCUUGGUUGACACCCAGAUACGGUGAUCUGGAUGCUGGAGUCAGACCACCGCAGUGGUACAUACCCAGCCAUGCGGAGAUCGCCUUUGCCGAGGAGCUUGUACAACAGCAUCUGGUGAGCGCUGCAGAGGAGCUCAUUGCCCUGAGCUCUGGCAACGGCACUGCCGGCCAGAACGGCAUGAACCAGAAGAACCAGUACUUCUCUCUGCUGUACCGCAUUGCGGCCUGCCUGGAGGGCCUGCAGACCUGCCUGCCAGACUUUGAGGCCCCUACUGCGACCACUCGCUCUGGCACAAGCCUCGUCGCUGCUGGACAGGCGGGUGCGGUAGUGGGCAAGCCAGAGCACAGGGAGCUUGUGGCAAGAGCGGUGCUGGCAGCUUGCAAGUCAGCCGGGGCUCAGGACCCCGAGGUUCUGCAGCUCGUGCUUUCGGUUGGAUCGCACCUGCUGCUUUCAGGCGUGACGGAGUACACAGCGUCCAAGCAGACUGCAAAGACCCAGGCAGAUGACGAGGCUGCCAUCGUCGAACCAGCCCUCGCCAACCUGCUGCGCGGCAAGCAGGAGGGGGCUGUGUGGCGGCGGAGGCGUCCCAGGUGGCUGGCCAUAGAGAAGGUGACUGCGCACAGCCUCUGGCGCGCAUCCCAGAAGUCUUUCCGCUGGUGGGCCUCCACUGAGCGCACUGAGGCCACCCUCGACAUGAUCAGCCCCACCUUCAAGGCUGUCUUUGUGGAGCAGCUGCAGCACAGCGUGCACACGUACAGGGGCGUGCGCGACGCAGCCUUCCAGGCUGUCACGCUGGCGCUGAAGCGCUACCCCUGCCUCACAGUCUCCUGCCUGCCCUUCCUGCUCAGCGGGCUCGCCAAUCUGCCCAGGCCCUCCUCUGAUGCAGUCCUGGAGGUCAUGAAUGGAUCCAUCGCUGACGGUGAGAAAGCGCUGGAAGGAACCCUUGCCACGCUGCUGAGCAGGCAGGAGGACAGCAGCACUGCCAGCGACUUCAAUGCAUCAGCUGCAGAGGUGGCGGAGCAGGAGGCGCUGGUGGCGGGGGUGUGCGCCCUGCUGUCGGGGCAGCCCUUCUACCGCGCGUCCGCGCGCUCGGCCACGGCGCUGGCCGCUCUCGCGACGGCACUCCUGGGCAGCGCGGGGCACCAGAGCCCCAAGGCCGCGCAGGUCAUCGCCUCCAUGUUCAUCACCUUCUCCGUCGGCUUCAUCCGGCCUCCCGCCCUCUCCUAUGCUCAGCUUGAGCUGGGCACUGUGCCGGAGCCGAUCAGCGCGGUGGUGUCGCGGCUGCUGGAGCUGCUGUCCUCGCAGCAGCCGCAGCGUCGCCUGCACUGGCGCUACGAGCUCAUGGCCUCCGCCAUCCUCAUGUUCCUGCUGCCCGCCGUGGACGCUCCCACUUCCAAGGCCGUGGCGACCGUCUUCCUGGACAUGUUGGUGAGCCAGCUGCAGAGCCUGCGCUCCAUGGCCACCACUGCAGUGCUGUUCCUGCUGGGCUGGAAGGAGGCAACGCCCCUGGAGAAGGGUGGCAAUGCUGCUGCAACAGUGGAGGCGGUGCGAGCUGUGCUCAGCGCUCGGCCGGACUAUGGUGGAGCGCUUUUGGCGCAAUUGACGCACUCGCACCCUGGAGGAGGCCAGGCCGAGGAGAACAAGGGCGCAGCAGGGUUUGUGGCAAAGUUCAUGGCGAUGUCGAUGGAUGAGAAGGCGGCCCAGCUGAUUAGCCGGGCCGUUGAGGGGCGACUGCUGCUGUGGCCCGACCGCAAGUCCACCGCCGCACAGGACUCCUCCUUCAGCCCCAUCCAUGCACACCUCAUUAGGAGGCUGGCGGAUGCUGCACCGGCGGAGAUGCUGGCGAGCCUGAGGGGCCCGCUGCAGGAGGCGCUGCAGGGAGUGCAGCAGGACGUGGACCGCCCGCGCACGUGCGCCUCAGCCGAAGCACUCAGUGGCCUGCUCGCCUGCAGCGCCACCUACCACACCCCAGAUGGGGGCCAGAGCGCAUGGAGCGAAUGGGUGCGGCCGCUGGCGAUGGGCGCCCUGACGGCCGCCCCACUGGAGUUUGGUGACCUGUGGGCGUGGGCCGUCCGCUACGCAGUGUACAGCCUGGCAGAGGCAUGCGAUCCCAGCCUGGGCCUGCUCCUGGAAGUCAUCUCGCAGCCGCUGCCAGAAGGUGCGAGCUCGUCGGCGGUGAUGAAGCGGGUGAAGUACAUGGGCGAGUGCCUGACCGAGCUGACUCAGCGCGGCCUGGUCGGCGCCGCCUGCCGCACGGCCGGCGGCUCUCUCGGCGGCGUCCUCGGCGCGCCAGGAAACCAGGUGGAGCCUUCUGCCGGCGGUGGAGCUUCGAGUGGGGUGGUCAGAGGCGUCACAGGGGUGCCGGGCAGCGCAGUGACGAGCGCGCAGGGACUGGUGGAAGGCUCUGAUGACCAGAGCGUGCUGGAGGCAGUGAGGAAGUUCCAGUGGAGGCUGCUGCACGAGCUGCCAGCGCUGGUCCUGCAGCCGGGCGAGGCUGUGCGCUCACAAGUGGCCGGGGUGAUGGCAAUGUUUGCGAGCGGGGUGCUGUGCGACAGUGCGGAAGCCGGCGCGGAAGCUUCCUCCAGCCCUAUGGACACCGAUGCCGACGACCACAAUUUGCGCGCCGCUUUUUCCGACUUCCUGCACAGCUUUGCAGCCGGCAUGGAGGAGGGCACGGCAACGAUUCUGGCCGCAGCAGACUCCAAGGAGGCGGGCGCGGAUGAGCUGGAGGCGGCGGUGGCGCUGAUGCACGAUGCGCGCGUGACGCGCGCCUGGUGCGGCCUGCAGUUUGUCACGCAGUCGCUUCGCUCGGCCGACGGCGCAAUCGGCCCCUUCCUGGCACCCCACCUGCUCGCCUUCCUUCCCUCCCUGCUCAAGCUGCAGGAGGUGCCACAGACGGAGCUGCAGCCGCUGUCGGCGGAGGCCAAGGCAGCGGUGGCGCUGCUCAAGUACCUGCCGCUGCCGGCCGCCCUGCUGCCUCGCGCCACCGCCACGCUGUCCGAUGGCGUGCGCGCCAGCCUCUGGCCCACGCGCGCCGCCGCGCUCGUCUUCGCGCAGUACUUCUGGUUCCGCCACAUCUUCCUGCUGUCCGAGGCCGACCGCCGCGCCAUCCUGGCCAUGACUGUGGAGCUACUGGCUGACAAGAAGCUGGAGGUCCAGGACCUGGCCAAGUCCACCCUGGCCGGCCUCAUCAAGGGUCUGCCUGAGGAUGCGGCGCAGGCUCUGAGGCAGGAGUUUUUGGACAAGGCGGAGGUCAUGUUCCCUGUGCGCAAGCGCAACCGCAAGGCAGCCGCCGUUGCUGGACUGGGCGGCGGUUUGGAGGCGCCGGCGGUGCAGAAGCAUGCGACGGUGCUGGGUCUGUCGGCGUUUGUGCUGGCCAGCCCCUACGACGUGCCGGAGUGGCUGCCCGCUCUCCUACUGGCUCUCGUGCGCGCUGCCUCCCAGCCAGCCCCCAUCAAAACGUCCGUCAGGAAGGCGCUGGCGGAGUUCCGGCGCACGCAUGAGGAGGCGGCCCUGGCGGAGGCUAAGCGCGCGCUGCAGCCGGACCAGUGGGACGCACUCCAGAGCGUUGCCUCCCCAGCCUCCUACUUUGCCUGA